AUGGACAAUAAUCCGGGUACAUCAAAAUCACCUCCAAUAAAAAAAAAACGACUGACCGAUCAGGAAAUUUUUAAUUUAAUUGAAAACCCUUUGUCCAGUGAUGAGGACUUCGAUCUUAGUUCUGACACAGAUUUGGGUGAAGGUGACUCUGCCGAUGAUGAUGUCGAUUUUGAAGAACCUGCAGACAAUGCUGUGGGUGAAAUGAUUUUUGGUGAAAUUGAUGACAAUAAUGUGACUGAUACAGAUGAUCCUAUUAUUGAUGAGGUAAGUCCGUUACGUUUAGAUGAGGAAAAUAGUGAAACUGGUACAUUAUCACCGCCACUAAUAUCUCCACCCACAACUCGGCAUAGGAUAAUAAAACAACCAACAACACGUGUUUCGGCUCCAAAUUAUAAUUGGUUGGACCAUUCGCCUAAUUUGGACACUAUUGAUUUUCAUGAAAAUGUUGGGUUAAAAAUAAGACCUGAUGGAGACCAACCAAUUGAUUUUUUUAAUUUAUUACUGACCAAUGAUUUUUUCGAAUUCGUUGUUAGAGAAACAAACAACUAUGCAACAGAUUUAUACAUGAAUAGAUCCAGCGAUAAAUCCCGUAUAACAAAAUGGGUAGACACAAAUGUAAACGAACUGAAAGUUUUUUUUGGCUUGCUUUUACACACAGGCACAAUAAAAUUGCCUAAAAUGUCAGACUAUUGGAAAACCGAUGAACUAUUUAAUUUGAACUGUUUUCGAGAAAAAAUGAGUCGAAAUAGGUACAUGUUGAUUAUGCGCGCUUUACAUUUUUGUAAAAAUCCCGAAACUGAUGAAGAGGUACCUAGUCGCAUAUAUAAAGUUGAAAAAGUUUUGGAUUUUUUCAAUAAACGAAUGCAAGAAAUAUAUCACCCUUCUGAAAAUUUGUCGUUAGACGAAUCGAUGGUACUUUGGCGCGGCCGUCUAGUAUUUCGGCAAUACAUAAAAAAUAAACGCCAUAAAUAUGGCGUUAAGUUGUACAUGUUAACUGAACACCAAGGACUUGUACAACAAAUUAUGAUUUAUUCUGGCCAAGGUACUGGUGUAUUGCCCGGAGUUAGUCAUACCGAAUAA